UCGCAAUGUUUGACGUUUGAAUUUGAGACAAUGUUUUGUUUGUAUAUCAAUAUUCAAUAGAGUAAAUCAAAAUAAAAUGGCUAAUUUAAAAGACGAACUUGAUGAAUAUUUAUUGUUAAAUAGUGAACAAAAGAAAACCUUUAAAAUCGGCUUGAAGAUACCUUCAAUAAGGGGAACCGAUGUGGGGAAAUUAUUUAGAAAUAACGAACCAGAAGCAAACAGUUGGUUGGAGGAAACUCAAAACAGUUGUUGCCCCAAAUUGACACGAGUACAAAGAAUACUUUGUUUUAUUGCAUGUUUAUGUUUAGGAACAUUUUUCAUGGGAAUGUCCAUUUUUUACAUACCAGUCUUAAUAUUAAAAGCAAGGAAAUUUGCACUUCUAUAUACUUUAGGGAGUUUAUUUUUUAUAUUGAGUUUUGGUUUCUUGUUGGGAUUUAUGUCAUUCUUUAGCUCAAUGCUUUCUAAACAACGAUUAGGAAUAUCUGUGACAUAUGCUGGAUCAUUGAUCGCAACCCUGUAUUUUGCUAUUAUUGUUCACAGUACAGCACUAACUGUGGUAUUUGCUGUAACACAAGUAAUCUCUUUGUUGUUUUUGGUAAUUAAUGAAAUACCAGGAAGAGCGACGGGAUUAAAAUUUUUCGGAAAAUUAAUCAAAACUGGAGUUUCUGAAACACUACCUGUUUAAAAUAAAUAAUGUCAACAUAGUUUUUAUAUUAAAUUCUUAUUUUUAAACUAA